AGGAAGGAAGUGAGUUGAGGUAAGUUAAGCUAGAUAGGCCAUGUCCAAAUCCCCGUUUUCGACUGGUGCUCUUUGCAAUUCCACGCGGAGUCAGAUGUUGGUUGGUAAUGAAAGUGUUGAACGGCGAGGAGCAUUUAAGGUUGCGGUCAAAGCAAUUGCUCACAAGUCUUCAUCGCCAAGGCAGCACUUUAUUGGGCGGCCGCUGUAACAAUGAACAAAUCAAUCAAUACCAAAGGAGUAUAAAUGCGGAAGUGACGGAUAGACUAUGCGGAAGUGACGUCGGACUAUGCGACAUGACAGGCGCGCGGGGCAUAGUCGGGAGCAGCCGUGAGUGAGGAUUGCGGCAAAAUGUUACUAGCGCAGCCGCUCUUCGUCUCCUGUUCGCGGUAGACAAACCGAAGCAUCCUCCUUCGCCAUUAUCCUGCACGAAAAGGUUCUUGAUGAAAAGUUGGCGUCAGCUUCAAGUCGUCUCGAUGCAUUCUCAAUUCAGCUUAGCUAGCUUAGCUGGAUAGCCGCGAACGCAGAGACGCCUUUCGUUUUUUCUUCUUCUUCUUCUUCUUCUUCUUCCCAGCACAGCGCUCAGUGUGCUGCUUAUCGCGUGCGUCACAAUGUGUGCAAAACGUGUGAAAGAGGAGGACGUUUGUGGAGUUAAAGAGGAAGAGUUCGAGGAGGAAGUUUGCGGAGUUAAAGAGGAAGAGUACGAGGAGGACGUUUGUGGCGGCGUUACAGAGGAGAAGGAGACGCAAGUCCUGGACGCCCGAGUUGCGCUCCACGGAGCAGACAGGAAGAGAGGUCGUUCUUCUGACAUGUGGGAAUACUUCAGUCUGAUCACCCCCGAUAAGGUCCAGUGCUUGGUGUGCUCGGCCGAACUCAAGUACCACGGCAAUACGUCGUCCAUGGUGAGGCACUACACGGCCAGGCACGGACCCGCUCUGAAACAGGGCACCGCAACGGGCCGCAAGCAGGAGCUGGACGAAGCGCUGGCCAACAUGGUGGUGAAAGACUGGCAACCUUUUUCCGUGGUGGACGACUGCGGCUUCAAGGCGCUGGUGGCGUCGCUGGAUCCCGCCUACGUGCUCCCGUCCAGACGGGCCCUCAAGAAGAUGGUGCUGGAGAAAUACGAGGAGGAGCGGAGCAAGGCCGAGGCGGCCGUGCGCCAGGCCGAAGCCGUCAGCCUGACCGCCGACACGUGGAGCUCGGCGGGGGCCGACGCCUGCCUGGCGGUCACCUGCCACUUUCUGGACCAGGCCAUGAGAGUGGCCACGGUGCUUCUGGGCGUGCGGCCUCUGCCGCAAUCGCACACGUCCGCUCACGUGGCCGACAGCUUGACGGCGCUCAUGGAGGAGUGGGCCAUCGAGGGCAAGGUGACUUCCAUCGUGACCGACGCCGCGCCCCAUAUGGUGGCCUCGGUGCGCGAUCUCAAUUUGAGACACGCGCUCUGCUUUGCCCGCUCGCUCAAUUUGGUGGUCAAGAAGGCUCUGGACGCCACGGCGGGCCUGCAAGAGCUCCGCGGCAGGGCGCGCCACCUGGUGGCUCUCUUCAAGAGCAGCGCCGGCGCCAGAGAGAAGCUGAGACAAGCGCAGGCGCAGACGGACGCUCCGGCCGCGCCGCUCGUCCAGGAGGCGGACGCGCGCUGGACCAGCACCUUCCUCAUGCUCCAGCGCCUCUCGGAGCAGCGACGGUGCGUGGGCGCGGCGCUCGCCGGCCUGGAAACGCCGCCGCCGCUGUCCUCUCAGGACCACGAAACGGCGGCCGCGUGCCUGCACCUGCUGGCGCCCUUCUACCAGGCCAGCCUGGAGAUGGCGCAGGAGAAGAGACUGUCGGCCUCCAAGGUGAUCCCCAUCACCAAAAUGCUGCUGCUGCACUUGCACGAGGCCAACGAAAAGAGCAGCCACGCCACGGCCAAGCAGCUGGCGCACAACCUGCUCUCGGCCAUGCGGGAAAGGUUCGACACGCUGGAAAGCCAGACGGCCUUGACCCUCUCCACCCUGCUGGAUCCACGAUUCAAAACCUUCGGCUUCUACGAUCAAGCGCGCGCGCAGACCUCCCUCAAACGCCUGGCGGCCCAGUGCUCGCAGGUCAUCAUGCGCGCGCCCGCCCAAGAGCGGCCCUUUGCGUCGGCGCCCUCGUCGCCGGCCAACGUCGCCGGUAUCGACCUCUGGGAGAGCCUGGACAGAGACGCCUCGGAAGCCAUGCGGCGCUCGCGCAACGCCUCGGUGGACGCCACGCUGGAAGUGCAGCGCUACGUGAGCGACCCGCCCCUGGGGCGAGCGGAAGACCCGCUGGCCUACUGGCUGAGCCAUCGCAACGUUUACCCGCAUCUCUUCCGGCUGGCCAAGCAUUUCCUGUGCACGCCGGCGUCGUCGCUUCCUUGCGAGCAGGUCUUCUCCAAAUGCGGAGAACUUGCCAGCAAGAAGAGAAACCGACUCAGCCCCAAAAGUGUGGAAAUCGUCACAUUCCUCAAUCAAAGUCUCUGAGCUUUGAUGGCAAUUUUCUAAAUGUAAUUAAAUGUAGUGUUUAGAGAA